GAACAGAAGGCGAUCGAUAACAACCUGAAGAUCAAGCAGUACAACAACGCGCCGGUGGACUUCCCGACGUUCGUGCGCGAGGGGUACGACGUCCGCGUCAUCACGCCUCCGGGGUUCGUGACACAAGAGGACGGCUUAGUGUACAAGGACUUUCAGCUCGGCACCGGUGAGCUGCCGAAGGAUGGGCAGGAGGUGACGUUCGAUUACAUCGCCUACAACGAAAACGGCGGGACGAUCGACUCGACCUAUCGAAAAAACGCGCCGGCGAGCACGCGCCUCGGGAUCAACGGCAUGAUUCCCGGGUUCGAGGAGGGGUUGAAAGGGAUGCGCGAGGGUGGGAAGCGAAGGGUCGUGGUUCCCCCGGAGUUGGGGCCCCCGGUCGGGCCCGCGACGUUCUUCAGCAGCAAGCAGUGGGAGGUGUUCGACAUCGAGCUGAUUAAGAUAAAAAACUGCGAACGCGUGCAAACCGGAUUUAUGGUGAGCAGCGUCGUGUGC